AUGGAGGCCGAGGGCACCGAGGCCCCCGGCAUCUUCAAGGGGGCCCCCGUGAUCGUCCGGGGCCUGCGGAGCGCGCCCGAGCACAACGGGGCCAGGGGCACCGUCACUUCUGGGCUCUGGGACAACGGCCGGUACGAGGUCACGCUCCCGCGGGAGCCCGCCGGAGAGCCGAGGGUGCUGGCGCUGAAGCCCGCCAACCUCGAGCUCGACACCGAGGCGCUCCAGGAGUACGUCCUGCGGAAGAGGGCCGAGGCCUCGAGCCGUGGCAGCGCUCUGGAGGACGUGGCCCUCGUCUGGGCGAAGGGGAAGGGCCUGUCCAGCAAGGCCGUGAGCUCGAGGAAGGCGGAGGUCCGUGGGCUUCAGCAGGGAGAGGUCCUCCUCCGCGUGGACAAGUUCGCCUUCGGGCACAUGGCGAUGGGCUACCUGAUGAAGGGCUUCACGAGGUCCUUCGGGGCCUACCACAACUUCUACCGCCAUCCAGAGGACGGGCUCUACCGCUCGGGCUGCUGGGGGUUCGCCACGGUGCUGGAGUCCCGUCACCCGAAGGUGGCGGUGGGCACCCGGCUGUACGGCCUGCUGCCGCCCUGCCGGUUCCAGGUGAUGCCAGUGGGCGGCAUCAUCCCUCCAGGCAAGAACGGCGAGCCCGCCGUGGUUGAGGUCACGAUGGAGGGCCUGCCCUACAACAUGAGCCGGUUCCAGGAGCUGCAGGUUGUGGACAGUUGUGCCUCCGACGCUCACCUGGAGGACUGGAAGGCCGUGACCAAGGAGCUCUACACCAUGGCGUUCUACAUGGACGAGCAGCUCCUCGUCGACACGGGCAUGAUCAACUCGGUCCUCAUAUCGUGCGCUUCCUCGAAGACGGCGCUCGCCCUGGCGUACUGCCUGCGGAUGCGAGAUAUGCGCCUCGUCGUCGGACUCACGUCCCAGGAGCACCUGGGCUUCGUCAGGUCCACGGACCUCUUCCACGAGGUGUAUGCCUACGAGGAGGUGGCCUCGGUACCCAACAGCAGCACGACAGUCUACAUGGACUUUAGGUGCGAUGGGCAGCUGAGGCGCGACAUCUGCCAGAGGAUGGGCACGAACCUCAUGUACGCCAUGGUGGUGGGACCAGCGGUGUUUCAGAGGAAGCUGAAGGACCAGCUCUUCGAGGGCCAGAAGUCGCGUGAGGUGCUCUUCGACGAGUCCUCGUGGAGAGCGAGGCGGAAGAUGGUCGCGGAGGUGACCAAGACGGAUCGCAACGAAAGGCUCCGGUAUUCGCAGACGGCCUUCAUCGAGCGCCUUCAGCGCUUCGUCAGGCUGAGGUAUGUCAGCGGCGUUGGGGCGCUAGUGAAGAUUUACGACGCCCUGUACAACAAUGAGGCGUCUCCUGCCGACGCCUACGUGUGCACGCUGCACGAGGGCGAGUUCGAGGGCGAGGAGGAGCUCUGGAACGAGUGA